UCUCGUUUACGAAAUAUGCGUUGGCCCAUAAUUAUGUGCAAUGGCACGAUUGUAGAAGCACCUUUUAAUUGUUGUGUACAAUACAUAUAUAUAUAUAUAUAUAGUAUAAAGUAUUUACAUGUAAAAUGCACAAAUGACGGUUCUUAGUGGUCAAUUGCUUGUUUAUAGUAUUGUAAAAUUGUAAAAAUAAUGUACUCUAAUAACAAACAUGACUCCCAAACGUAAAACUGCAAGUUCUGAAUCGACCUCCACGUCAAGUUCAAACUCUUCAUCGUCAACUUCAUCGACAUCGGGCAGUGAAUCUAGUUCUUCUGAAUCUGAAAAUUCUACUACUUCAGCAAACAGUCAAAAGGCAUCUGAUUCAGAUAAAGUUAAAAAAAAAGUGCCUGUAAAUGCAGUUCGUCAUGUCAAGAGUAAAAGUGAUACGAAUACUUGUAUACUAUCAUCAGAAAGUAAAGUCAAAGAUAAAGCAACUCCUAAAAUUCGUCCAGUUGUUUACUCUUCAGAGUCCGAAGAAUCUCCAAAUAAAACAAAACCUGUGAAGAGAAAACCACCUACAAAACCAAAGGCUACUGCUACAGUUGCUCCAGUUUUAAAGUCACAAAGACCUGUCAACAAAACUGCCCCUUUAAUUCAACAAAAACAGUCUUCGAGUUCAAAGCCUGUAAAUAAGCAAAUCAAAUUUCCUACUUCAACAACUGGAAAAGCUUUAAUAGAAAAAGCUUCUAAAACGGUGUCUGAGCCAAUUCAGAAAAAACUGAAAAAGAAAAGUAUAUUCAGUCCAGAAAAUAGUAGUGAAAGUGACACUGCAACAUUGAAUAAGUCUUCUAUUUCUAAAGUAACAUCUCCUGUUAAAUCUCCGAAACCUCAAAGCGUUAAAACAAGACCUGGAGCUCCUAAGCCUCGUCCUCCAAUAAAUAAUAGACCAAAUAUUUCUCGAAAGCCAUCUCUUAAAUCAGAUAGUUCUAUAAGUUCCAAAAGUUGCUCUGCAGGAUCAGGAGCUUCAGGAUCCUCCGAAACCUCCGACAGUAGUUCCGAGUCUGAAUCAUCGGAAAGUGUUGCCAGUCCACCUCCAUCGAAGAAGAAGGAAAAUCAUUUGAAUAGUUCUUCAAGUUCAAAUCCUUCUCAGAAAAGGCCUUUAACAUCUGUUGCUGCUGUCAAACCUCAAAGAAAUUGUAAACGUCAAGUUAAAAGUGAAGAUGACGUCGAUGCUUCUGAAACUGAUAAAGAAUUAGAAGAACAUGGAGAACAAUCGCCCGUAAAAAACUCUGUCAAAGGAAAACGAAAAUUGCAAGCUCGAAAAGAAUGUAAACAAUUUCAGACGCUACCCAAAGUUGGUAGUGACUCUGAAUCGGAUGUGGCGGAGAACAAGAGAAGCUGCAGUACCAAAUCCCCAGCUAAAAGAUGUGCAUCAAGUAUUGGACCAAAACACUCAUCUAGCCUUAGUAAAUCUGGUCAACUUUGUGGAAGUGGAAAUAACACAAACAACAAAGGCAAUCAGGGCAACUCUUCUAGAAUCCUUUCAAAAGAACGAGAGUGUCCGCUCACUACCUCUUGUGAAUCUCAUGGUCAUCUUUCAGGAAAAUUUGAUACUCAUUUCACCUUAGAAGCAUGUCCUCUGUAUCACAAUACGACUCAACAAGCUUGUGUAGAGUUUUACAAAGACAGGAAAAAGCGAGAAGACGAUCGCAAAAAAGCCAUGUCAAAUUUAGGGAAAAAGUCUCCAAAGGGAGUUCAUCAAACAAAUGAGCAACGCAACCAUCAGUUAAAAGUUAAAGAAUUAAGAAGUAAGUGGAAAGGCCCAUCUGGAGAUAUGAACGAGAGUGACAGUGGAGGUGAAAAUCUUGGAAUAGAAAAAGAUAGGCAACCACGUCUUAUGAAUCUUACUUCCGAUUAUGAUCUCAAAUUAUUCAUGGAAGCUCAGGCUAUUGCUAGUGAAAAAAUUGAAAAGGAGUUGAAAGAAUUAGAUUUUGAUGGCGAUAGCAAAAAUGUCGGCGGAACACGUCUUGUCGAAAUGGGAAAAUGGGAGAUGGAAGUCUGGUAUCAAAGUCCGUAUCCAGAAGAAUAUAGUCGUGCUCCAAAGCUAUAUUUAUGUGAAUUUUGUUUGAGGUACGCAAAAAGCCGCCAGGUUUUAAGAAGGCAUCGCGAAAAAUGUCUGUGGCGACAUCCUCCAGGCCAUGAAGUUUACAGAAAAGAAAAGAUUGGUGUUUGGGAAGUAGAUGGAAAGCGUUACAAGCAAUAUUGUCAAAACCUUUGUUUACUCGCAAAAUUUUUCUUGGACCAUAAAACUCUUUACUAUGAUGUUGAGCCCUUUCUCUUUUACGUCAUGACAAUUGGAGAUUCUGAGGGAUGUCAUACCGUCGGUUAUUUCAGCAAGGAAAAGAAUUCUUUUUUAAAUUACAAUGUUUCUUGUAUUCUGACAUUACCACCAUAUCAACGUCAAGGUUAUGGUCGACUUCUAAUUGACUUCAGCUACUUACUUACGAGAGUUGAGAAAAAAAUUGGUUCUCCAGAAAAGCCUCUGUCUGAUUUAGGUCUAAUUUCUUAUCGAAGUUACUGGAAAGAUGUGUUACUGCAAUAUCUGUGUAAUUUCGGGGGAAAGGAACUUUCGGUGAAAGAUAUCAGUAAGGAGAUGGCGAUUGAUUCUUAUGAUAUAGUUAGUACUCUUCAAGCAUUAGGAAUGAUGAAAUAUUGGAAAGGAAAACACAUUAUUUUGAAAAAACAGGAUGUAAUCGACGAUUACAAAGAAAGGGUGAAGCGUCGUGGACCUGUGUACAAAGAAAUCGAUCCCGAGUGUCUUAAAUGGAACCCUUUCCAGACUCCUAAGACGCCUUCAGCCUCAAACUAAUGUCUGUAAACUUCAGCCAUUGCUUUUUAUAGGAACAAAUUCAUUAAUGGCGACCAAUACAUUUAAUACUGUUCAUACUUUACGUAUAGUCUAAUUUCACUUUUUUAAAUUACAGAUAUUAAUUGCUUUUUUUCUUUUUAUAUUUUUUAUUUAAUCGAUUUUUGAAUUUAAAUUGUCAUUUUACGUCUACUUUUGAGCUAGCGGUAUGUCAUUUUUUUUUAUUUCGAACCAAAUCGUUGCUCAAGUAAUUUAUUUUGUGCAACACUUGCAAGAAAAGCGCUACUUUACUUUAACGUAAAUGAAGCACAAAAUUGUUGAUUUCUGCAUUCUGAUAAAGUGUGCAGCAAAGUACACUUUUCUGCACACUUUCAGGCAUAUUAGGCAACAUAACCUUAAAUUUAUUCUUUAAAACAGCAUAUAAAAUAGCAGAUGUUGCACAAAGCACUGUGUGCUAUUCGAGCGGGAAGUAGCAUUUUCCGCUCUCGUUGCACAAUGUACAAUUACAUGUAAAAAAGAUAAAUUGAAGAUUUUUGAUUUUUUUUUUAAUUAUUGAGAAGAAAUUGAGAAAAACAUUAGUAACAUAUAAAUAUCAAAUCUUUGUAUAUAUUGUAUAUAUAUAUAUUUUAUUUCUUUUAUAUGUAUAAAAGGCAUUUAUUAAAUCUGCCCAGUAUGUAUUUUUCUAUUUACAAAAAUAAAUAUAAACUCAUGAUAA